UGCUCGGUGCACAGCUUUUGCCUGCAAAAAAGCCAAGUAAUAGUGGAAGUUGGCAAAAAAUUUGUCAAAAAAAAAAAAGAGUUAUCGCAAAAAAAAAAAUUUGUGGAUUUCCAAGCACUUAGCGUGCGCAAAAAAAAAAACAAAAGUUAAACAAAUUUGCGGCUCGGCAAAUUUUUUCGCACUCUAAGAACGAUUUUGUGGAGCUCAUCACAGCGCCUAUAGCAGCAGCCAUCUGUCAAGCAAACGCAGUGUUUAGCAAACGUAAUACAAAAUGCCGGAAUUAACGCCAGUUCAGGAGUUCUACAAGGACAAAACCAUAUUCAUUACGGGUGCCUCGGGGUUUAUGGGCAAAGUUUUGGUCGAAAAGCUGUUGUAUUCUUGCUCCGCUUUGAAGGAGGUCAUUAUUAUUGUACGUCCAAAACGCGGAAAGAGCCCCGAAGUUCGUUUGGAGGAAAUGUUUAAAUUGCCCAUUUUCCAACGUAUACGUGAAGAGAAACCCGAGGUGCUGAAGAAAGUUACCAGUUUCAAUGGUGAUGUGACUUAUGAAAAUCUCGGGCUUAGUGGCGAAAAUUUGAAGUAUGUCAUCGACAAUACAAACAUCGUCUUCCAUAUGGCGGCAACACUCAAAUUGGAGGGCAAUCUCAAGGAUGCCAUUGACAUGAACACCACAGGAACUCGUCGUGCACUCGACAUUGCCAAGCAAAUGAAGGGACUUGCGGCAUUCGUACAUGUUUCCACCGCCUUCUGCAAUUGCGAUCAGGAAGUUAUGUACGAAAAGGUUUAUGAAUAUCCACACAAGCCAGAAGAUCUCAUGCGUCUGGUCGAGUGGAUGGAUGUUAAGACACUCGAUUCCAUCACACCCGAAUUGCUUAAGCCACACCCAAACACAUACACCUACUCGAAACGUUUAGCUGAGAUCUUGGUGCGCGAUCAUUAUGAAACGAUGCCGGUGAUUAUAGCCCGUCCCAGUAUUGUAUCGCCAUCGGCGUAUGAACCUGUUCCCGGUUGGGUUGAUAAUUUGAAUGGACCCACUGGUCUUUUGGUGGGCGCCGGUAAAGGUGUUAUACGUUCUAUGCUCAUCGAUACGCGUUUCAAAUCUGAAGUUAUACCAGUUGAUUAUGCCAUCAAUGGACUUAUCGUUAUGCCCUACGAGUUCAAUAAGCAGGCAACUCGCCCCGCCUCCGUACCCAUUUACAAUAUCACCGCAGCCGAGCAUCGCAAAAUGCAAUGGGGCGAGGCUAUCGAGAUGGGCAAGAAAAUUGGUUAUGAUUACCCGAUGGAGUUGUGUUUGUGGUAUCCGGAUGGUUGUAUAACAACAAAUCGAUUGCAUCAUCAAAUCAAUGUUAUACUUUUCCAUUGGUUGCCGGCAUAUUUCAUAGAUGCCAUACUCUUCCUGUUGGGUCAGAAGCGUUUUAUGUUACGCGUGCAACGUCGCAUUCAAAUAGGACUGAGUGUGCUGCAAUUCUUUUCGAUGCGUUCAUGGGUAUUCAAAUCUCCAGCAUUUGAUGGACUCUGGAAAUCGCUGACACCGGAAGAUAAGAAAAUCUUUAACAUGGAUAUGGAUCCGAAAGAGUCCAUUGAAGAAUAUAUGCUCUCCUGUCUGCAUGGUGGCCGCCUAUAUCUGAUGAAAGAAACGCCGGAAUCAUUGCCGCGUGCACGUCGCAAUCUCAAAAUCCUAUACGUAUUGGAUCGUUUCUGUAAGGCUGUGAUAGUAGGCCUACUAGUAUAUUGGCUUUAUAAUCGCAUAGCGUCCUUUAUCAGCGCCUAAAAGCGUCUAUGCAAUAAGCAGCUGAAGUGAGCCGAUGAGUACAUAAAGACAUAAGGAAUGCUGUAAUGCCGCAAGGAUAAAGGAUGUUAUAAAAAAAAAAAAUAGCUGCGCUGAAAUUUUUGCUUCGAUUUGCUUUAUUUGCACAAAGUGCACCUAGCGGUUAUGAAUUUUAUAUUUGUUUAUUUGUAGGUUGCCCUAUUUAGAUUUAAGUGAUACAAUCGCAUGAUUUGCAUACAUACAUGAGUAUGCUGUAUAAGUGUGUGUUAGUUUUUGAUAUGAAUAAAAUAAAAAUGCAUAUUUUUUAUGCAAACACAAAUGUAUGUAACAGCAAAAUAAUUGAGUGUAAUGGAUAUCAGUAA